AUGUCUCUCAACUCGCAACCCAAAAUCCGCUUCACCCCAAAGAUGCUCAACCAGAAAGCGAAGAAAGCCCAACCCACGCAAGAAAUGUUAGAUCUCGGCAUACAAAACUCUUCAGAUUCGGCCUUCUUCAACUUACCAGGCGAUAUCCGCAAGCGCAUUUACGAAUUUGCGUUCACUACGGGUGAGGUUAUUCAACUCCUUCCUCUUGAUGCGGAUCUCGAAGGGGCAGCCAUCUCUGAAGCAGAGGAAGAAGAUACGAUGGAGAUAGACGUGGAUAUUGACGAAAUGAUGAUGGGUCUUGAAAUCAACGAGACGUCUCUAUCCAAUGAUACGAAGCCCCAAACGCGAAACCCCUUCGCCGCAAUCCUCGCAUCCCGACAAUUCUACUUGGAAACACACCUUCUCCCUUUCUACCACAACACCAUUUACUGCACCAAACCAGGGGACAUUGCCACUACUCUACGCCGCCUAUCACCCGCCCAAGCAUCCUCUAUCCGCUCGCUGAAGAUCCAGUGGGCGACCGCGCUGUUAGCAGUGCAAGAGUACAUGGACUUAACUUGGGCAUCUGGGAUGGAUCCAGAAUCGGUCAGAUCAGCACUGCAAGUGCUAGAUAAACUGGAGAAGGUGGUUGUGGAUUGGGCGGGGAAGAGGCGGAUCUUUCUUAACAAGAAGAGGGUGGAGGAGGCGCUGAAUGCGUUGUGUGGGAGGAAGAUUGUUGUUUCGUUUGAAAGGGGCGGGGAAGAGUAUCAAGAGGUUGUGCAGCGGGUGGGAACCGUACAGCAGAGGAAACGAAUGGAGCGAGCGGAUACGGCGAUGGAGUGGGAGGCGCGCGCUUGGGAUGCAUGA